GCCGGCUGCGAGGCGCGAGCCGGCUGCGAGGCGCGAGCCGGCUGCGAGGCGCGAGCCGGCUGCGAGGCGCGAGCCGGCUGCGAGGCGCGAGCCGGCUGCGAGGCGCGAGCCGGCUGCGAGGCGCGAGCCGGCUGCGAGGCGCGAGCCGGCUGCGAGGCGCGAGCCGGCUGCGAGGCGCGAGCCGGCUGCGAGGCGCGAGCCGGCUGCGAGGCGCGAGCCGGCUGCGAGGCGCGAGCCGGCUGCGAGGCGCGAGCCGGCUGCGAGGCGCGAGCCGGCUGCGAGGCGCGAGCCGGCUGCGAGGCGCGAGCCGGCUGCGAGGCGCGAGCCGGCUGCGAGGCGCGAGCCUCG